GGGGCGAGCCCGGCCCAGCCCGGCCCAGCGCUCACCCCCGGCACCCCGAGUCCCGGGGAGGGGCGUGCGGGAUCCAGGAAGCGCAGACACGGCCGGCCGACAGGCGCUGGCAGCCUGGCACGGCUCCCUCGGCCCCUCGUUCUCUCGCAGUCGCCGGAGUUUCCCUUCUCUCCCUGUCGGGCUCGGACACGGGAACCGAGUUGGAACUGACCCGCCCGGCGUCUGGCCCGGGGGCAGAGAGCGGGACCGGGGAGACACCGGGGCCUCUGGGUCUGGGGCGAUGGGCAUCGAGGGGCAUCGGCCGGGGCCGCGGGGGCAGCCGUGACCUGAGAGGCGCCUGGCCCGGCUCUGCCGGGGGCUGCUCCGCGGGACCCCCCACGAGCCGCGAUGAGCUCCGCGUGGAAGAGACUCCAGCGCGUGGGCAAACGCGCCUCCAAGUUUCACUUCGUGGCCUGUUACCAGGAGCUGAUGGUGGAGUGCACCAAGAAAUGGCAGCCAGACAAGCUGAUUGUGGUUUGGACCAGGAGGAACCGACGUGUCUGCUCCAAGGCUCACAGCUGGCAGCCGGGAAUCAAGAAUCCGUACCGGGGGAUGGUCGUGUGGAUGGUGCCGGAGAAUGUGGAUAUAAUGGUGACGCUGUACCGGGACCCCCACGUGGAGGAGUAUGAAGACAAGGAAUGGACCUUUGUGAUUGAGAACGAGUCCAAGGGGCACCGGAAGGUGCUGGCCUCGGCCGAUGUUAACCUGCAGCGCUUUGCCCGCCCCACGCCUGCCCAGGCUGAGCUGAAGCUGAAGCUGAAGCCGCGCUCGGUCAAGGUGGUAGCUGCCACGCUGCAGCUCACGCUGUCCUGCGUCUUCCUGCGCGAGGGCAAAGCCACGGACGAGGACAUGCAGAGCCUGGCCAGCCUCAUGAGCGUCAAACCCAGCGACAUCGGCAACCUGGAUGACUUUGCCGACAGCGACGAGGACGACGAGGCAGCCAGGAGGGUGCGGCAAGAGGACGGGAGCGGCCAGGGCACAGCGCCAACAGGUUUCAUUCAGACCAUAUUGCUGGGCUAUUUCACAGACACAUCACGAGAGCUCAAUACUCUUGCUGAGGAAGAGGAGAAUCCCUCGGCCCCGGGGACCAGCAGGGCAGCAGCUGGAAGAGCAACCUCCUAUGGGAUGCCCCGGGAGGCAGGCUCUGCCAAGGAGGAAACCAUCCAAGUGGCCGACACCCCAGAUGCCCCCCUGAGGGACACCCCACACCCAGCCCUGGAGCUGGACCUACAGGGAGCAGCACCCUCCCCUCCCCCGGAGCUGAUGGGGGCACCCCCAGUAAGUGGUGCAGGCCAGGCCGGGAGGGCUGGGCAGAACAUGGCAGCCGGUGGGAACCCAGUGGGAGCUGCGGGGGCUGUGGAACCAGGUGCUAAGGGGGAGACAGGGGCCCAAGCCCCGGAUCAGGCCCACAAGCCAGGCACAGGCCCCUCGCAGGAGACGGGACGACGUGGUGGCAACCCCAGGGCUGAAGAGGAGGAGAAAGCAGCAGCCUUGAUGAAGCGGCCGGCAUCAGGGAGUGACACCAAGGGCAGACCCAGUGACAUCUGGAUGCCCCGGGCAGAGAGCCCUGUCCCUGCCCCGCGGCGUAAGAAACCUCUGCUGCCGGAACCCUCUGCGCCCACAGCUCCACCCCCUGAGGUACCCUCCACACGGAGACGCCAAUGGGAAGGUGCCAAGCCGCCUCCCUCCCAGCUCAAAGUGGGAGCAGCGAAGUCAGUGCAGGGCCCUCGACCCGCAACCUCUCUGCCUGUGCCGGUGGUGCCCACCAGGGCCCGGCAGCCCCGGCCUAGGUCAGCAGAACUGCCAGCUCGGCCGAAGCCACUGCCCCGGCCCCGGAGGGACAGGCGGGCCCGUUCGGCGUCUCCAGGUGUCUCUGUAGUAAUGUACCUCAAUGAGGAUGCACCAGGACCAGUCGUUGUUGCUGGGGAGGGCAUCGGCCUGGCCAGGAGCGGCUUGGGGGCGGGUGUGCCCUCGGCUGCUGCGCUGCUGGCUGUGUCGUCUGUGGUGGGGCUGCCCCCGGUGCCGUGGGGCAGGCAGGGAGAGGAGGCGAAGGCAGCAAUAGAUGCUACUGGUUGGCCAAGCAUCGCGGCUGCUGCUGCUCCUGCAGUGGUGCCCCUCAGUGAGGAACAGGGAAGGGCGACAAGAGAGGGUCCCAGGGGGGCAUCCCAUCUGGAGGUGCUGACAGCAGAUGGGGCAGCCGGGAAGGAUGCUGGGGGAGCUGCUGUGCAGGGGGGGCCAGGAGGUGCAGCCCCUCUGGUGGGCCCCCCCAAGCCGUGGAGGUAUCGGUUGGAAGAUGUGGUGGGAGAGGGUGCUGAGGGGGCAUCCAGAGGGGUGAUGGAGGCAAUCCCAGGCCAGUUGGAGAGGGGCAGGCCGGAGGAGCCCGCGGAAGGGGAGAACUGCAGGGCAGACAGGAAGGCACGUGGGGGCGCAGCUCAGCGCGCAGCAGAAGUUGUGCCCUCGCUGGAGGGGCACAGAACAGAGCUGGUGGCACAGGAGGAUUCUGGGCGAGGAUUCUUGCCAAGCCCAGCACCAGACCCGGCUCCCGCAGUGACGGCCCCCAAGCUGGAGCAGCGCAGGGCAGCAGGAGAGAGACCCAGGACAGCAUCCCAGCCAGAGAGGCCGGGAGCAGAAAGGGCAGCUUGGAAGGACACUGCAGGGGCUGCUGUGCAGGGGGGGGCAGGCGAUACACCCUCUUUGAUGCCCCCCCCCAAGCCAUGGAGGUGUCGGUCAGAGGACGUGGUGGGACAGGGUGCUGGGGAGGUGCCCAGCAGUGUGAUGAAGGCAGGAGCAGGAGAUGGACUGUGGGGGACAAGCCCAGCCAGGCCAGAGUGGGGCAGGCUGGAAGGGGCAGGGGGAGAGGCGGUUGGCAAGCCGGGUGGUGGUGCUGGGCACUCAGUAACAGCAGGCACUUCGCCUGUGGAGGCCCCAGCCCAGCCGGAGAGAGGCAGGCUGGAGGAGGCAGGGGGAGAGGCAGCCAGCAGGCCAGGUGGAGGCGCGGCAGGGGGAGAGGCGGCCGGCAGGCCGGGCGGAGGUGUGGUAGGAGGAGAGGCGGCCGGCAGGCCGGGCAGAGGUGUGGCAGGGGGAGAGGCGGCCGGCAGGCCGGGCGGAGGUGUGGUAGGAGGAGAGGCGGCCGGCAGGCCGGGCGGAGGUGUGGCAGGGGGAGAGGCGGCCGGCAGGCCCGGCGGAGGUGUGGCAGGGGGAGAGGCGGCCGGCAGGCCGGGCGGACGUGCGGCAGGGGGAGAGGCGGCUGGCAGGCCGGGCGGAGGUGCGGCAGGGGGAGAGGCGGCCGGCAGGCCGGGCGGAGGUGCAGCAGGGGGAGAGGCGGCCAGCAGGCCGGGCGGAGGUGCAGCAGUGGGAGAGGCGGCCGGCAGGCCGUGCGGAGGUGCGGUAGGAGGAGAGGCGGCCGGCAGGCCGGGCGGAGGUGCGGCAGGGGGAGAGGCGGCCGGCAGGCCGGGUGGAGGUGCGGCAGGGGGAGAGGCGGCCGGAAGACCGUGCAGAGGUGUGGUGCAGUCAGUAACAAUGGACGCCCCAUCUCUGGAGGCCUCUGCCCGGCUGGAGGGUGCCAUGGAGAGCCCAGGAGCCAAUGGUAGAGUGCCUGGGGGUGCCACCCCCAGCACAGUUGAGCCCCUGCUGGAGAGGGCUGGGCCAGAGGAGGCAGCUGGUUCCAGAGACCAUGGUGUGGCUGUGGGCUCCCUGCCCAGCAAGGAGGAUGCCAGUGGCACAAGGCCCCCGCUGGAGACGUGGCAGUCAGGGCUCUGCACAAACAAGCUGGGCAGCCGCACCGCCCCAGGAAGGAGCAGCAGACAGGCUGCAGCCCUCGCACUGAUGUCCCCCCAGGAUGCGCCCAUCCUGGGCCCCCCGUCCCCCUUCGCUGAGCCUUACGUCUCACAGUGCUGCUUCACCCUGAGCCUCCCGCCCACCCGCCCUGCCCAGGAGAGGAGUGCCAGCCCAUCAUCCAACGAGGGGACCCAGGCGUCCGGGCGGGAGCCAUCUCCCCCGCCCUGCGGCGCUGCCCAGGGUAGCGUAGGGCAGGAGGCGGCCCAGGAGGAGCCCCCAGCAACCAGCCCAGGCUUGGUCAGCUGCAGCCAGUCGCUGCUGGAAUGGUGCCAAAAAGUCACAGCUGGCUACCGGGGCGUCCGAGUCACCAACUUCACCACCUCCUGGCGCAAUGGGCUAGCGUUCUGCGCCAUCCUGCACCACUUCCAUCCCGAGAACAUCAAUUAUGAGACCCUGGACCCGCUCGCUAUCAAAGAAAAUAACAAGCUGGCCUACGACGGCUUUGCCUCCCUGGGCAUCUCGCGGGUGCUGGAGCCGGCUGACAUGGUGUUCCUGACGGUGCCCGACAAGCUCAUCGUCAUGACCUACCUGUGCCAGAUCCGCGCUUUCUUCACGGGCCAGGAGCUGAAUGUGGUGCAGAUCGCGAACCACAGCAGCCAGAGCACCUACAAGGUGGGCAAGUUUGACUCAGACCCCGCCUUCUCCAUUGACCCCGCCCGCUUCUACGCCGAGCGCUUCCAGGGCGCCGCCAAGGGGCCUGAGGAGCCUGGGAGCACUGUCCCUGCUGCAAGGGAUGAUGGGAAGGCAACGGCCAAUAAAACUGUGACAGGAGAAGCUGAAUUGGCCAAGAAACUGGAGGCAGAACUCACCGCCCCAAAGGAUGGUGGUACUGAUGCCAAGACAGGUGAUGCAAAGGAUGCUGGGAAAGUGACUGUAAAUGGCACCAUAUCUCAAACAGCUGUGCAAUCAGAGGUGGAGCCCUCUGUCGCAAAGGAUGCUGGGAAGGUGCCAGUCAAUGGUGCGACAACUGAGCCAGCCAUGAGUCCAGCGGCAGAGCCACCCACCCCAAAGGAUGGAGGGAACAAAACUGCAAAGGAUGCCGAGAAAGCAUUGGUCAAUGAUGCAAUGUCCCAAUCGGCCAAGAAACCAGAGGCAGAGCCUCUUGGCCCAGAGGAUGCUGGGAAGGUGCCGACCAACGGUGACGAGAAGCUGGUGCCUCCUCCACGGCUGAAGCGUCAGUCUGUGCGGAAUGGGGAUGCGCCGGACCAGGCCGAGCGAUCCCUGCAGCGCUCACUGUCUACAGGCAGCCAGGGCCCUGUGGCCCCACCACGCUCCCAUAGCAGCAAGUCGAGCUUCUCCCACGUGCGUGAUGCAGACCUGCUCAAGAAGCGGCGCUCGCGGCUCAAGAGCGAGUCACUGUCGAUGGACGAGGGGGAGGCAGGCGGCCCCCCAGGGGAGACACCACGGAGGAGGUUUGACUGGCUAGGAACGGACGACCGUGAAGGCAUGAUGACCCCUAAGGCGGGACCCCCUGCUUCUGCCAGGACUCAGCCACCCCCAGAGACAGCCCCGUCCCACAGUGCUACCCCUCAGGAGCCGUCCCGGGAUCCCAGCAAUGAAACCAGCACCGCAGAGGAGGAGGUUCCGCGGUUCCAAGAUACCAGCCAGUACGUGGUGGCCGAGCUGCAGGCGCUGGAGAAUGAGCAGAAGCAGAUUGAUGCCCGGGCAGCGGUGGUGGAGAAGGAUCUGCGCAGCCUCAUGGAGUCAGGCGCAAACCGGACCCAGGAGGAGGAGCUGAUCCAGGAGUGGUUCACACUGGUCAAUAAGAAGAAUGCGCUGAUCCGGCGCCAGGACCAGCUGCAGCUGCUGAUGGAGGAGCAGGAUCUGGAAAGACGAUUUGAACUACUGAGCCGGGAGCUGAGAGCCAUGUUGGCUAUUGAAGAUUGGCUCAAGACGGAAGCCCAGCAGAGGAGGGAGCAGCUCCUAUUGGAGGAACUGGUGUCGCUGGUGAACCAGCGUGAUGAGCUGAUGCGAGACCUGGACAUCAAGGAGAGAAUAGCCUUGGAGGAAGAUGCCAGGCUGCAGCGGGGCCUGGAACUGCAACGGCGCAAAUACAGCCGCAGAGAUAAGUGCCGCAUCAGCUAAGAGGCAGAUGGCCACUCCACAGUCCUUGUCAGUGUCCUGUGGCUGGGAUUCUACCCAGGAUGCCCGCCUGCCUCUUAAAGGGCUCAAAGGUUUGCCUGCUGCUGCUGUUACCUCAGUGCCUCACUGUGUUACCCUUGUACAUUUUGCUGGUUUCCCUUCCAGUCUGGCCCCACUCUAGGACAGAUGCAAUUUCCCAGCCUUCUCCAAUGAAUGCCAAGGGGAGCACAGGGAGCCUGGCUGUCCCCUAUGGCAGAGGGAAACAGUCUAUUGGGGGUAGGGUGGGGCUAUUUAUUUGUGUGUGUGUGUGUGUGAGAGACUUUGUUCAGCUGGGUGUCCCUUCCCCACCCUGUCAGCUGCCAUUUCACAACCAAGUUGUUGGGGUUUUAUCAUGGUACAAAAAGUUGAGGGGAGGGCAGAGAACAGAAGUGCCUUGACAAUGCUGUCCAGCCAUGUGUUGUAAUGGCAAGUUUCAAUUCCUUGUUCCCUGGGUAUUUGCACUAAUUUGUAACUGUUUGAAAUAUGAAAUAAAGAGAUGUGAAAGAAAGCCAA